AUGUUCCUCGACAAAUUGCAAAGAAAAUUGGAAUCAGCAACCUCGAUCCACCACGGUCCCUACGAAACAAUUCCACCAACCGCAUCCCCAGGUCUACUAUUCCUAAAAUCCUUCCUCCCAGCAGUCGACACCCUCGACCCAACAAUCCACCCACUAUCACCAUUAUUCACCCCAAAUGCUCCAAUCCUCAUCUGCAUCAACCUACCCAGCACAGCGAGUGCCACAUUCCCCCUGCUCAAAGUACGAAGUCGGCAUCUAUCCCAUUUCCUCUACCACGUGCAUAUAGUCUGGGACAUCAAUCUCUCGCAAAAGGACGCCGCCACCACAAACGAGACAGAAAAUAAUUCCAAACACGGGAUGUCUGAUAAAACGACGCUCUACGCGCCAUUACCGGGCCUGAUGCAUCUUAAGCGAACCGCCAUGUUUGAAGCGAUGAGUAGUACGAAUUUCAGGAAUGAUCCGGACGAGUUCGUUGUUAAGGUUCGCGAGUUUAAUAUUCUCGAUUUGGGGGGAAGGGAACUGGAUGAUUUGUAG